CCUGACUGUUACGCGCGAGAGACGCAUCAAUCGGUUCUUGGUUUUGCGGUUCGAGAUUGUUUACAUCCAUUCAAACAAAGUAAGAAACAAGUAGGCUGCUCCUGAAAUGGACACCGCCGAUCAGCUUGCAUCUGCGGGGACGUUUCAAGUGUUAAAAUUACCUCUGGGAUUUAUCCGUGUUUUGGAAUGGCUCUUUGCCAUUUUUGCAUUUGCAACAUGUGGGGGCUACUCUGGGCAGCUGCGGGUUAGUGUGGACUGCAUGGAGAAGGCCAGAAGCAACCUCAGCAUUGGCGUCGACUUUGCUUAUCCUUUCAGGUUGCACCAGGUGUCCUUUGAAGCGCCCGUGUGUGAGGGCAUUAGGAGUGAGCGUGUGUUCCUCAUCGGAGACUAUUCGUCGUCUGCAGAGUUCUUCGUCACCAUUGCCGUCUUUGCCUUCCUGUAUUCCCUGAUGGCCACCAUUGUCUACAUCUUCUUUCAGAACAAGUACCAUGAAAACAACCUAGGACCUCUCAUUGACUUUGUCGUGACAGUGGUGUUCUCCUUCAUGUGGCUGGUCAGUUCCUCUGCUUGGGCCAAGGCUCUGUCUGAUGUGAAAAUGUCCACUGAUCCAGAUGAAGUGCAGCUCCUCAUCUCUGCAUGCAAAGUCCAGAGCAACAAGUGUGGCUCUGUGCAUGGAGCACGCUGGUCGGGCCUCAACACCUCAGUGGCUUUUGGUUUUCUCAACUUUGUUCUAUGGGCUGGGAACAUCUGGUUUGUCUUUAAGGAGACCGGUUGGCACAAGGGUGCUUCAAGGUUAGCAGGCGGGGCAUCUGAGAAACAGUCCGGCACCUUUGACCAGCAGCCCUACAACCAGGGAAGCUUUGACCAGUCAGGGAACUCCAACACCCAGGAAAACUUUGACCAGCCGUCUGAAUACAGCCAGGUGGGCGGGCCCACCUCCUACUCCAAUCAAAUGUAGCCGUGUCUUUUCGCUUUGUAUGAGUGGCACUUCUGCAUUUUAAACCAGGGCAAUCAGGGUGAUCAGAGAGGAGGAAAGUUUGUCAAAGAACAAAAGAAGAUGGUCAUAAAAAAGGCAUUAAAGGUGUCAAAGUACACCCAUUGUAUAUACAAGUAUUGUACUGUACUGUAUUAGAUGUAGUAUUUUACUCUUUCUCUGUCAGACGUGUUGUUUGCUGAAUGUUGUAUUUCUUGUAGUUUCAUAAGUAACGGUCUCUCUCUGUGUCUCUCUCUGUUCUUGAUAAUUGACAUCCACUGUUACAACUGGAUGUCUUUUUCAAACUGGUUUGCACUGUUAGGGAAAAGUGCUCUAUGUUUGUACAAUUCAACACAGUGCAUGAUGUCGUAUGUGUGCUAAUGUGCUCUCUGUGAAACUAGUAGAAAAAACUAACAUUUUAUCUCUGAAAGUUUACAAAAAUCAUACAAAUCAUUACUGAAGGUUCAUUUAGAUCCGUAUUAUUACAUGAAUAUUCUUUUUUCUAAUCUAACUGGAACUUUAUUUUGAUAAUGGGUAUUUCUAAUUCAGAUUCAGACAAUAAUUUAGCUUUAUGUAUGUGUUUUAUUUGUUGGAACAAAUACAUUCCAACUCAUGUCUGACGUUGAUCCUGUCAGAAACUAGUAGCAGCAAUAACUGUUAACUGCAAAUACAGGGUUUGUUCAAGACAAAAGUAUGCAACCAUUGCAGCAUGUAAUUUCUGUUCCCAUGGUUUUCACUUACAUCUGCACAGAAAACAUCACACUUCAUGUGAAUAAUGUAAAGAGGGAGAUUGUCUCCCUCAUUGUUUACAAGUGGCAGCUCCUGCUACAAAUUACUGUGACUGUUUUCUAUCCUCAGACGACGGUUUACUUAUAAACACAUGAGUUACCUCUCUAAAGCAUGUCCAGAGUAUCCAUUUACACUGCUAAAGCCCAGCAAAAAAGGCACAUCUGUGACACAGUGAUAAUAGACAAAUAGUUAAUAGUGGGCUCAUCUGUACAUAACCAAUAAUGAGCUUUUGUUGACUUUGAAAUCACAAUUCAGUUUUGUAUCAAUUUUAAAAAUCUGUGCAGUUCAUGUAUAGUAAUAUUCCAAGGAUAAUGCCGUUUGUAUGACUUGUGCAACCCUGUUUCUUGACCUCCUAAGCAUGUGGCUUGCAUCAGUGUAAUAAAGCAGAUUGAACAUCCACGUAUGUAUAAUAGUCUGACAUCCAUGAUAAAUGUGUACGGGUCCAUAUACUGGCACUGUCAAUUAGAUAUUUUACAGGCAUUGAUGCUAAUAAAGUUGCACAGAUU